UUGAGGCACUUUGUCAAACACUCCUGGAACCAGUAUGUGGUUGACACUUUGCACACAGACAUGUCUGACAUCACCAAAUUCUACAUGAGUGAGCGUGGCUCCUGCUUCUGGGUGGCCGAGUCUGAGGGGCAGGUCGUGGGCACAGUGGGAGCAAGGCCCUUAGAGGAGUCCAGCCUGUGCAAGAAGCAGUUGCAGCUGUUUCGCCUAAGUGUGGCCUUGGAGCGCCGGGGUGAGGGGAUAGCGAAAGCCCUGGUCAGGACUGUCCUCCAGUUUGCGCGGGACCAGGGCUACAGUGAAGUUGUCCUCUUCACCACCACGAUACAGCACUCUGCUGUAGCCCUCUACCAGCGCCUUGGCUUCCACAAGGCACACCAGCACUUCCAUUCCAAGAUGUGGGCGCUAAUGUCUAUCGCUGAGAUACAAUUCAGCUACCCGCUUCCCUCGGCUCAGGCCUCUCAGGCGCCGCAGCAGAAAGGGGGCCUGUGAUCCAUUUCCUUGUGGAUUCAACAGGAGAGGAUGAGCUCUGUGGCAGUUACAAGCUAACGCUGAACUCUCACUGUGACAGCACAGGAAAAGCUUGUUGCUCCUUCACAUCCCAACUCAACAGGGCUGCUGGUGUCACGGCUCUAGUCAGCCUUGUUGGGUUGUGAUUGUUUCAUUGAUCUAGUGCCACAAGAGUGUAAAAUAAUAAUAAACAUUGACUUAGUUCAUGA